GAAUGUAUGUAUUUGGAAAUGCAGUCACUGUCAGUUUAUUGUGGUCUAAUAUUGAGAAACGUAUUUUGUGGUAAUAAAAAUUCUGUUUGAAGUAUAAUUCUGUAAUUUCUAAUUCAUAUAAUUUGGCACGUGGAGUUUAAAUUAUUAAUAGAAAUUAGUUGCCAUGGCAAGUACAUCUUCUGAUCAAAGCACUAUUGCUCAAAAAACAUGGGAAAUGUCAAAUAACGUCGAAACAAUUAGUACUGUUGAUGAAAUUUAUAGAUAUGAUCGUAAAGAACAACAAGAUAUAUUGGCGGCUAAACCAUGGGAGAAAGACCCCCACUUUUUCAAAGAUAUAAAGAUCUCUGCAUUAGCAUUAUUAAAAAUGGUUAUGCAUGCUCGUUCUGGUGGUACUUUAGAAGUAAUGGGUCUUCUUCUUGGAAAAGUUGCAGCAAAUACAAUGAUUGUAAUGGAUUCUUUUGCAUUGCCUGUAGAAGGCACAGAAACAAGAGUUAAUGCUCAAGCACAAGCUUACGAAUAUAUGACAGCAUAUAUAGAAGCUGUUAAAGAGGUUGGGAGACAAGAAAAUGCUAUUGGAUGGUAUCACAGUCAUCCUGGCUAUGGAUGUUGGUUAUCAGGCAUUGAUGUAUCUACUCAAAUGCUUAAUCAAAAUUUUCAAGAACCAUUUGUUGCUAUUGUCAUUGAUCCUGUAAGAACAAUUUCUGCUGGCAAAGUUUGUUUGGGUGCAUUCAGAACUUAUCCAAAAGGAUAUAAACCAGCAAAUGAAGAACCAUCGGAAUAUCAGACAAUACCAUUAAAUAAAAUCGAAGAUUUUGGUGUGCAUUGCAAACAAUACUAUUCUUUAGAAGUAUCUUAUUUUAAAUCAUCAUUAGAUAGAAGAUUACUAGAUUCUUUAUGGAACAAAUAUUGGGUGAAUACUCUCAGUUCUUCGAGCCUUUUAACAAAUGCAGAUUAUACUACUGGACAAAUAUUCGAUUUAUCAGACAAGUUAGAACAGUCGGAAGUUGCGCUUGGAAGAGGAUUUAUUUUAGGUGGAACAGAUCCCCAUGAUCGAAGUACAGUAGAAAAAUUAAUUAAAGCUACAAGGGACAGUUGCAAAACUACAAUUGAAAUUAUUCACGGUUUAAUGGCACAAAUAAUUAAAGACAGAUUAUUUAAUCAAGUUGGAUGUAAUCCUGUCGAUUCUCAGCAGACAAACUAAGAAUAUGACCCAUAAUUAUAUUAUUAUAAGGAUAUUCAUUGUAAUAAUUUGUAUUACGUCUAAUUAAUGUAAAAAAGAAAUUAUAAUUACAAUAUAAUAGUCAAAAUAUGUCUGUGGUUUUUGUUAUGUUCAAGAUUUGUGGAUAUUUAAGAAUAGUUUAGGUUGAAUUAGAAUUUUUUAAUAUUAAAAUUUUAGUUUAUUGGGAAUUUGGAAUUCUGGAACAUCGGGAAUCUGAUAAUUCAGACUAUUUCUAGAUACCUAAUUCAUAUCUUUUCAUUAUCUAUAACUAAUUGUGUAUAUAAAAUCAACAUAGGUUUCAUAUUCGUACAGAAUUACGAUUUACACAGUAACGUAAGUCUUUAAAUAUUAAUGACAGUGUGAGUAUUAAUACAAUAUUCUGACAGUGUAGUGGAAUAAAAAUACAUUUUAUUUUCACACCUUGAUUCUCUGAAACGUAUAUAUACAGCAUCUUUAUCAUUAUUCAAUAUCCUCACAGUUGAUUUAUAUAUUUAUAAAACUAAUAUAAUAUUGAGAACAAGUAGGCAGAGAAUACCCCACUGAAGGGCUGACACUGUGUCACAGACUUUAGGACAAGGCCACUCAGAAACACACCCACCUGUUCUAGAAUUAUAUACCUCCCCAUUUAUAGCGCAUAACAUAUAAGGGACGGAGCUAAAAUGCAUACAGUUAUGCUGAUAAUAUAAUUAUUGUUAACGAUAUUUAAGAGAAAUUUAGGAAGAAAAUAAUAAAAGGCAAUUUGUUAACUUAAUCGUUCCAAAUAUUACUAGAUUUCUGUUAUAACACUAAAUUUAGUAACUGCGCUUAAAAAACUACAUAUUCAUACAAUACUAUUACAUUAAAGUAAAUUAAAUAUAAUUAAGUACAACUGUAUAUUAACUUCACAUAGACAUAAUCUUGAAAAAGAUAAAUACUUGCAAGUAGAGACUCUAUUGCUACUUUUAUGUAUUUGAUUUUUCACGAUCUUUUGCACGAUUAAAUCACAUACUUUUUUCAAUCAAAGUAUUUCUUGUGUAUAUGAAAGAAAUAAUAUAUAUAAAAAGAUAAACUUUUUCGUUAGUUAAAUUCAU